UAAAAUUAAAAACAGGGAGUGGACUUGGGGGGGUUUGUCCAGCGCCUUAACUUUCACUCUUGUUCUCGCUCCAGGGUUAACCUUUCCGUUAAUUUACCUCCAAUACCACCAGGAAACACACAAUGCUUUUCUGUGAAGUGAUUUUUGUUUUGUCUUUGAUGACAUUUCUACUCGACUUCCACGCGUCGGGCUGUGUUCUCAACUGUAAAGAUAAACCUGUGUUCACUCCAUCCCAGCUUGUCGUCAAGUAUGGUGACCCAGCGUCUGUGAUCUGCAAUGCAUGUCAGCAAGAAUGCCUCAACGAAUUAUUUAACUUAGAGCAUUCUGUGGGAAAGGCAACAAUAAACGGAACCACAAUUUCCUGGAAUACUGAUAACUUAACUGAAUGGACAGCUCGUCUCCAGUGCUAUUACAAUAAGGCUGCUGAGAAUGUUUCUGAUCCUGAUGUCCAGUGUUGUACCAUCCUGCCCCUAACCUUAUACAAGCCCCCAGAUAAGGUGUCCAUCAGCUUUACUAACCACACCGGGCCAUUGAUAGAGGCUCAUCCGUACACUCUGCAGUGUACAGUACAUAAUGUUGCUCCUGUUGAAAAAGUCAAGGCAAUCUUCUACAGAGGACAUUCAGUUGUUGGUCAAGUACAGGUUCUAAACAGUUAUGUGAAAAAACCAAUUACUCUUUCCUAUACUUUGGACGUCGUCCCCCUCAAACGUGAAGAUGGUGCUGCGUAUUGGUGUGCAGCAGAGCUUGUCCUGGGACCUGAAGGACCACAGCCCCCUCCAGUGGUGAUAUCUCAAAACAUGACUACCACUGUAUACUACGCGCCUAAGCUACAGGUGUCAAAACAUCCAGGGUUGAUCACCAUCAAUGAAGGAAACCAGCUAAAACUGGAUUGCUCGUCUGAUGGAAACCCGAGCCCCUCAUACAACUGGACGCUUCCAUCGGGUAGCCUUCACCCCUCCUGGAGCAGCAUCCUCACUUUUGAAUCUGCAGCUGCUGAACAUGAGGGCAUGUACACCUGUACUGUCAGCAACGGCUAUUGGAACUUCACUGAGGAGUUUCAUGUGAAAGUCCAUGGUGAGAACAUGACAGCAGAAGGGAUCAUUGCAUAGAUCACGUUCACACAGUAGCCAUUUUCUUCUGACAUUCUGCUCAGAUUGGUUAAUGCUGCAUCAUGGAUGACUGGCAUAAAUGGUCUAGCUAAACUCUAACAUACAAAACAAGUCAUAUCUGUAAAUGGGCUCAUUGUGUUACAGUCCUAGCACUCUAUUUUCUUCCUUAGUCUAAAUGUGUGACAGGUGUCUUGGCAUGCCCCUUUGAUUUGCUGAUCAUUAGUGACAAAUUAAUUCAGCCUACAAGCCACCGACUUCUGACCAAUGUCACAACUGUAGUGUUAGACUGUAGAGAUGAUAAAAAAAGAAUUGAUCUUCUCUUAACUUCACAAUCUAUUUUACUGAACACUGUGAAGUCUAAUACAUACAAUAGUUACAAUUAUCAAGAUGCUAAUUCUGUUAGCCUGUUAAUGACAAUUUCCAUUAUGUUUAAGAAUCAGGUGUACAUCCCUUUCCAUCUGCCAGAAAGAUCCACCACCCUGGGAAAAAUGCACCAGCUGUCAGUAGUCGUUAUAUUGACUUAUUGCUGGGUUCCAGGUUUCUGAUUGAAUAGAUGUUAGAAAUCUAAGAAAGCCUCAUCAUUUCCCAACUUCCAAACCAGGGGGCUUGAAAAAUUAAUGAAUAUACAGUAUGAUAACCCAUUAGUAUCUAUCAAACAACAGCUAAAGUCAUUAUUCUGACAGUGCAUCCUUUUUAAAAAUGUUUUAAAUAUUUCAGGGAAAACUUCACUUUGUAAGGUUGUUAAAAAUGUGAUACUUUGAUACUUUUUGAUUCCAUGUGUUUUGAAACACUAUUAUUUUAAUCAUAGAUAGUAUCGAAAAGUACCAAAGCUUAAAAAAAAAAGACAGAUCUUCAGUCACAUUUUAACACACAGCUGCCAAGAGCUGAAGAGAGAGAGUACUGCCAUUUCAACAGUGUGCAAGAGUUUUGCUGCAAUUUUUAGUCAUUAAAAACGAGAAAUUCCCCAAAUUUGGGUGCAUAGGACUUCUGUGACUGUUGCUGUGGUAUGGAAACAGGUUGUUUAAAAUCUGAUAUCGUGGCAUCAGUGGAACCUCUGUGUUGUGGCUGUUUUUGUUGAAUAACGUUUAAUCCCCCCCCCCCCCCCCCCCCCCCCCCCGCC